GCUUCUUCGCUCUGCCCCGCUCUUCAACUCCUCGGCGUCGCACAAUCGAGAUGAUACCAAGCGCCUCCCUCGCUCGUUCUUCAUCGCGCGAGGUCCUCUUCUACCGGACACCGCGCUUUUAUCCCGAAAACAUCGUCCACACGUUGGCCAUUGCCUCUCACUUUGCCCGCGAGGCCGAGCGCGCUGCCGACGAGACGGCGAAGCGGUCAGGACGACGAGCUCCAAAGCCGGAAGAAGCUGGGCUCAAGUGGAUAAGCGUACUGAGGGAACCUGUACAGAGUCGCAUCAUCAACACCGGCCACGUCGCCUUCACGGAUCGAGACAUAGCCGCUCAAGUGGCGCGAAGUAGCACAGUUGAGCAGGUCCAUUUCGCAGCCAAGAGAGCAGCUGAUCGCGCUACUGGUAGUAAGAGAAAGGAGAAGCAGUAUGCCAGCCUCUCGGACGUUGCUCCCUUCAUUGGCCUCGAGCUGCCCAAGGACUGGCAGUCCCCCUCUGCGGCGCCUUCAGACCCCGUCGUCCCAGAGAACUCAUCAUCUUCGCCGCACUCUCACUGGAGCGACUACGAAGAGAAAUGGUUCCAAGUGACAGCCUACCCCAGCGAAUCGCAGAGCGAGUUGCGAGCAAGCAGUAGCAGCAGCAAAAAGCUCAACCCGGCAGCACUGAAGCAUCGUGAAGCUCUCAAGGAGUGGCCGGGAUUCAAGCGCUUGUUGGCCGAGGCUGAGAAGAAGAUGCCGAAGGACGUCUUCUCGGAUAAGCUGGACAAGAGAGGGGCGUAGCGAUACGUGAAGGGAAGA